AUGGGAGACAAAUCAACUGAGAACAGUGUGGCUCUUGAUGUUGUUAACUUUGGUGAGGAAGAUAAGGGAAAACCCAAGAAGCUUGAGGCACUGGUUGUUGCUAUGAAUAAUAUUGAUAGAAGUCAUGUUAUGCAUGUUCCUUGUGGUCCAAGUGCUCUUUUUGAUGUGCUUAUCAGGAGUUUCUUUUGGUUGUUUGAUUCGUAUCAAAAGAUCGAGAAAUUGCAACCUGGAUGGGAGACAGAUCAACUGAGGAAAUUGAAAAAGAACAGUGUGGCUCUUGAUGUUGUUAACUUUGGUGAGGAAGAUAAGGGAAAACCCAAGAAGCUUGAGGCACUGGUUGUUGCUAUGAAUAAUAUUGAUAUAAGUCAUGUUAUGCAUGUUCCUCGUGGUCCAAGUGCUCUUUUUGAUGUGCUUAUCGUGGUCCAAUUUGGUUCUUGCCUAUUCUGGAAAAUGUCAUGA